GGCUAGCGCAAGAGUAGAAUUUGAGAAUCUAUAUUGUGUUUAAAACAAAUUUGAUUUUGUUGUUUAUUGUUGAUAUUAGUUUGCCUAUGACGUAAUACUUAAGGUGUUAUAACGCUAAAUUAUUGAUUUCCACGAUACGUUGUGUGAUAAUUAAUUAAAAUAAUCCGUGAAAGAAUUUCCGUGAGUGUAGACUGUUGCUGAUAUACUACCAUGGAUUUCCAAAACCGGCCUGGAGGCAAGACGGGGACUGGAGGAGUAGCGUCAUGGUCGGAAGCAAACAGGGACCGCAGAGAGCGCUUGCGGCAGUUGGCCCUGGAAACCAUUGACCUUAACAAGGACCCCUACUUCAUGAAAAACCAUUUAGGUUCGUACGAGUGCAAGCUUUGUCUGACGCUGCAUAACAAUGAGGGCAGCUACUUGGCUCAUACUCAGGGCAAGAAGCAUCAGGCCAACCUAGCUCGGCGCGCUGCUAAAGAGGCUAAGGAUUCUCCCCAGCAGCCUGCCCCAGAGAAGCCUAGAGUUGAGCCGAAGAAGUUUGUCAAGAUCGGUCGCCCAGGUUACCGAGUGACCAAACAGAGAGAGUCCGACUCCGGCCAGCAGAGUCUUCUGUUUCAGAUUGAUUAUCCAGAGAUUGCGGACAGUGUGACACCCAGACACAGGUUCAUGUCUGCGUACGAGCAACGUGUGGAGCCCCCUGACAGGAAGUGGCAGUACCUGUUGUUUGCGGCAGAGCCUUACGAGACUAUAGCGUUCAAGGUGCCAAGCAGAGAAGUGGACAAGUCGGAGGGGAAGUUCUGGACACAUUGGAACAGAGAUACCAAGCAGUUCUUCCUCCAGUUCGCCUUCAAGAUGGAACCAAAGCCCCAAGUGAUGAUGAGACCUCCUCCUCCUCCACCCACCCCUCCAGUCAGGCCUCCACACAUGAUGCCGCCCCCACCCAUGAUGCACCCUCCACCUCCCCCCAUGAUGACUCCACCCCCACCACCCAUGUUCAACCCAGUGCCACCCCCACCACCCAAGCUCGGAGGUGAAAUGUUGCCCGUUCCUCCUCCCCCUCCUAGAAUGUAAUCCACUCGCACACAAUCAUUCUACGUUGUCUGUCUUACUUUGAUUAUUUAAAUUCUCAUAGCUUAUAAUUAUUUUGUAGCUGUACACACCAAUAAAACAUUAUUUAUAAUUUGGGUUUUUGUUAUUUUCAUGAACAAAUUAAUUCUAAAAAUAAUAUUGUCGUAACUUUUGAUAAUAAAAAGUCAUUUUAGCAAGAGUUUUGUACCGUUGGUUUUGAUUUAUUAGAUUUUAAAUUCUUAAAGGAAAUACAUUUGUACUGAAACAAACAUAUACUUUAUCUUGUAA